AUGCCUGCCUCCAUUCAUUUUGAGAUCUCGGCCACUCAACGGGCGAUCAAGAUUAAGGGCCCCGGGCAAGCCUCGGUUGAGAAAGGAUGUCCGGUUCCCGCUUGUCAGCCUGAGGAUAUCCUGGUGCGGGUAGUCUGUGUCGCUCUCAACCCUGUCGAUUGGAAGUCUGCCGAUCUCUCGCCCAGCCUCGAUGCCACCUGGGGCACGGACUUCUCCGGAGAGGUAGUUGUGGUAGGUGAAGCCUGUCAAUCCCGCUUUGCGCUGGGUGAUUCGGUCUGUGGUGCGGCCUUUGGGAAUAACCCCGAGGAUGCCACCCAGGGAGCCUUCGCCGAGUAUGUGGCCAUUCCCGGCGAGCUGGUGUACAAGAUCCCUCCGGACAUGUCCUUCGAGCAGGCAGCUACGGUAGGCACGGGCUUGGCUACGGCCGGUCUGACGCUCUACCAAACACUCGGUUUGUCAUGGCCCGAUCAACCUGUCCAGGACGCACAGUCCGGCUACAUCCCCGUCACCACCUGCUCGGCAAAAAGCUUUGACCGUGUCAAGCAGCUUGGGGCCGCCGAAGCCUUCGACUAUCACUCCCCGGGCUGCGGCUCCGAGAUCCGCGAGUACACGGAGAACUCCAUCAAAUAUGCCGUGGACUGCAUCACCAACAUCGACUCCAUGAAAUGCUGCUAUACGGCUAUCGGCAGCUCCGGUGGUCAGUACGUCGCCCUUGAUCCGUUCCCUAUCCGCGGCCACACGCGCCGGAAUGUCAAGGCGCGCUGGAUUAUCGGAUACACUAUCUACGGCCGUCCGAUUAACUGGAAGCACCCUUUUAAGCGGGAUGCGCAGCCCCAGGAUCGCGAAUUUGCAAAGAGGUGGUAUCCCGUGGCACAGCGGCUCUUGGACGAGGGCAAACUGCAACUCCACCCACUACAAGUCGAGACUGGAGGACUCCCAGGGGUGAUCGAGGGGGCUAACCGGAGCCGUAAACAUCAGGUAACUGGGGUGAAGCUGGUUUAUUGUGUUUGA